UCUACAAACUAGAAGAGUAAAGGCCUGUUAUAUGGAUUCUGUAAAAGAAAAUAUUUUUUACAUAGGUAGAACGUGGAUACAAUGUGAGAACAGAAGCUGCUUAAAAUGGAGACUGUUACUGCAAAAUGAUGUAGGAAAUAUUGAUUCUAAUGCAUCAUGGUACUGCUAUAUGAAUAUUGAUCCACAGUUUAAUAAAUGUUCCGUUGCUGAAGAGUAUUUUCCCAAGGAGUCUCAAUUUCAAAAACAUGGAUUAAAAUAUAUUUAUUCAAAGUUUCCAUUAGGAAGCUUGGUUCUGGCAAAAAUGAAAACAUGGCCAAGAUGGCCUGGCAUUCUUUCUCCUGAUCCAAUUGACGGUCAGUAUGUGAAAUAUGAUUUUAAUGGAGAUGUUGAAAGUCAUCAUGUAGAGUUUCUGGGGAAUCCCCAUUCCAGGAGUUGGACUGCCAUAAAAUACAUUGAUCCUUAUCCUAGUUCAUUUAAGGCAGAUGUGUGUAGGAAGAAAAAAGCCUGGUAUGAAAGUGCAUUGGAAGAGGCAAACAAAUUAUUUGCAUGUUCUACUCAGCAAAGGCUCGACAUAUGCUAUCUAUCAAAAAAAGAUACAGUAAAUGACAAAGACGCCAAAAGAAAAACUGAUAAAAUAGAAUGUAGAAAAAUGAUUAAAAAUUAUACAAAAAAAUAUGGGAAGAAAACUAGAUGCAGAAAUGGAAAAAAGCAAAGAAUGUUAACGUAUCCUUGCAAAAUAGCAAGGUCAGAAGAUAUCCUAUCAAGCAAAAGCCUAGUUGUAACAGAAACAAAAAUUAUACUGAAAGAUUUGGACCAAAUUCUCAGUCAAGUAUUAGUCACCUCCAAACCUUCUGUGGAAUCAUCUGAGAAUGGAGAAGAUAAUAAUGAAAGAGAAGAGAUACUUAACUGCUGUUUAGAAGCUAGUGAAGAAAGAAGACCAAUGGAAAUCAGCACUGAAGAAGACUGUAUUAUAAUUGAUGGAAAAGCUCUUGUGGCUGGAGAAUGCAUAGAGAACAUUACAGAACAGUUUAAAGAAAUAGAUUACUUAAUGGCUGACUUCCAAGGCAGCUUGUAGCACCAAUAAGAGAGAAUCUGCUAUACUGUUUAUAGCUUUAGAAAACAUCCUUUUUCACUUAUAGUGGGAGAAACUUAAAAGCAGUUCAACAAUAUAGAUUACAUGGAGUUAGAUUUACUUUAGCAAGGGGUUAUAUUUGUUGCUAAAAUUGAUAUGCCAUGUAGUCCAUAUUACUGUAUAAAUAUAUAUAUUAAGUGAAAGUUAAUAGCAAUGUUGUGUACUUUUAGAUAUUGUUUUCUGUAAAAAUCAGAUUGAAAAUAAAGAUUAAUCAUACUUCAGUCUAAAGAGUUUCUAUGAUCACUUUGAAUUUCUGAAGCUUUCCAGCAAAUCAGUUUAUGUAUAAUUUUUCAGGAAGUCAUUAUGGAAAUUCAAUACUGUAAGAGUUGUAAUUGGAAGUCUCAAUUUUAAAUAAUUAUAUGGAUUUCUUUGUUAAGAGUCAUUGAUGGAUCACACCAUAGAUCCAUAAAUAUAAUUCUAACUGGGCUGUUUUCAAUAAAGCUAUCAAUU